AUGUCACCACGAAGGUAUCGAAACUCGCGGCUUCCGGUAGAGAUUUUACAACUAGUAAACCGACGACUACCUGAAUUUCCCGAAACACUCCAUCACUGCUCUCGUCUAAAGCACAUAGCUUUGAUAUUCACACAUACGACCACAUUACCAGUAUGGGCUUCCGAGUUCACGGAUCUCGAAUUUUUGCACAUUCAAGGCAAGGCUCGAACGACAAGUCUUGCUUCAUUACCCCAAGGAUUGUUCAGCAACAUGAAAAAGCUAACGUUUCUACACUUGGGCGCGCACAUGAUGCUACCCAAACUACCCGAUGUUGCUGGUCUCACCAAUCUUCGCUCGAUUCUGAUGGCAAGACUUGAAGCAUUGGAUUCAUUACCUGAAGACUUUGCACAACUGACUCGCCUCGAGAUCAUGCUAGUCUUGGCAAUGCCUAGACUCAAGACGUUCCCCGAUCUUACACGUGCUCAUCAAACACUGAAAAUGCUGGUGGUUGAUAGUUGCCCUCUGUGCUGCAAUGGUUUCUUGCAAAGCGACUGCAAUCUUAAAAGAAAUACCUGUGGAAAUGGAGCACAAGUUGAAGCGCUAUCUUGCGAGUUGCCUGAUCAUACAGCCACAACCGGAACUCUGGAACUCUUCAAGUCAUUUGACUCGACGGUAUGCGUGAAUCAAACUGGACCACCGCCUUCUAUUGAUCAAGCAAACCCCGGUAACAUCCCACCCGAUCCACGCAAUUCUACCUUUCCACCUAUGAAGCCAGAAGAUGAAUUCGAACGAAGUGUGCAACAAUGCAUCGGCAUUUUGUAUCGAGAGUGUAAGCCCGAACCUUCCCCACACACACCAGUGUUUGGUUCAAGCUCGGGCAUCUGCUUCAGUGAUCGGUUCAUGCCAAUUUCGUGUUCUGGAGACCCCAACACUAUCGAAUUGCGUCGUCAACAAAUUAUGAAGAAUAUUGGACCAAUUUGUAAUCCCAAGUACGAGGAAUGGCUCGGUUGCCUCGAAUAA